UAUGACUUUGUCUAUUUGAACGAUGAAAAGCGGGCUUGCAAACAUUCGAGAGGGAAACAAAGAAGGAGUGGACAUCUCGCUACGCUUAGACGCAAAAAGAAGUGGAGUAAUUGACUUUCCCCCCACCAUCAGGAUAUUUUUUACAAUCAUAUAAGGUUCCUGUCAUGUCUCACAAACAGAUCUACUACUCUGACAAAUACGACGAUGAGAAAUACGAGUACAGGCAUGUGAUGCUGCCCAAAGAAAUAGCGAAACGUGUACCCAAGACCCAUUUGAUGUCGGAGACCGAGUGGAGGAACCUUGGGGUCCAGCAGAGCCAAGGAUGGGUGCAUUACAUGAUCCACCAGCCAGAGCCGCACAUCUUGCUGUUCCGGCGCCCUCUGCCCAGCCAAAAAUCAUAAGGGGGAGAUUCUCUGGGUCCUUGGAAGAUCAGUCCUACUUAUGUGCCACAGAUCAACUCGACUAGGGAUCAUGCUGUCAACUACCAAGCUCUUGUGUGGUAGGUGAUUUGGGCUGAUCAUGUUGGACCUGGAGAAGGACUAUCACAUUUAUGAACAGUGGUUGUGGAGUAUACAUUGAUGGAAGAAAGAAAAUCCUCACCCUUCUCUUAGGGAAAAGACUUCUUCAUGUGUUCACAGCGACACGCUGUCUGCUAGACCUUCAAAUCAUCUUACUGUCUUUUUGACUUUACCUAUCUGUCCAACUUGCUGAACCUGUUUGGAUAUUUCAGCUUUUUAGAUUGUUAUAAGAUGUGGAGAGUGAAACCUGUUCAAAACAUUUGAGUAAUUCUAACGGGAGUGGACUCUGGGUCAAGCUCGGGUCAGAAUACAAACCAGACAGAAUAGUUGGAUCCUAAAUGAAGUUUGACUCUAGAACAUCAAAUUGCGGUUUUAAGUGACAUGUUGCUGCUUGGUUUAAAUGGCCUCUAAAUUGGCAUUUAACAAUUUUUGUCAUGUGUAUGGAAAGCCGCAUCUUUAGGAGUCUCCUAGAAACUACUUUUGAUCCCUUUUUCCAUAAGGGCAUAUUAUAUUAGCUUUGGCCUACUUCAGACAGAUCCCUUUCAACAGUCUGAUUUGUACCAGUGAGCUGCUCAGUAUUUAUGAAUGUGUUGCCCUUUCUGAAAUAAAUGAUUUUUAAAUGUUAUUAGUGUGGACUUGGGUUUUGGCAGUUUUGGAAGUUUGCAACUGCUGUACGAUUAAAGCGCCACUUGAAAUUAAAUCGGGGGGGCAGUUGAUAGCAUAGAUGGCAGACACUACCCUAAACAUGCUUAUAGAAUAAAUCUGGAUCAUUGAAUGACAAGUUGGGGAAAUGGGUUGUGUGGGUUUGGUUUUUUCUUUUUGAUAUGGAAUAUUGAAUUAAGACACUCAUUGUCAAACUCCUGAAUACUUACCCACUCUGACAUGUUUGUGUACCUUCUUUUCCCUUUUUACUACCACAUGCUGAGCUGCUCUGCUGUCACUGAGGCUAAAAUAUUGCCUUGAAAAGUUGUUCUGUGAACUUGUGCCUUUUGUCAGGUAUUACACGUGUAGGUAUAAAGCUGUUCUACCUUUCAGAAUUAUUAAAAAAUCAAUAUUGGCAAAGUUA